ACUAAUUCAAACAGUCUCGUUGGAUAUAAUUUUUCCUGUUAUGUGACAUCUGCUUCAGAAGUAACUUUGACCUGCUUUUCUGCUUUCUCAGACUUCUGGAAUCUAAGGUGCUGCGGCCAGUCUCCAGGACAAGACCUGUCAAGUAAAACAGUUGAGGUGGAAGCUAGGAGCUUACCCAUGGAGCUGGGUGAGAAGGCAGGUGUGGAGAACAAUGGAUUUGUUCAACAUGAGGCUUUUGAGGGCAAGGAGACGGAGAGCAGCAGCCAAGAAGAAGUGCCAAAAACGUGCAGUGUUGAUGUGGACCCAGUGGCUGUGGAGGAGGUAGUGUUGAAGCCUUAUGCUGGGAUGCCAAAGGAAGUCUUGCUGCAGUUCUCCAGCCAAGCUCGCUACAGAGUCACCAGGGAGAUCCUCUUCUGGCUCAUAAUUGCCGGUUCCAUUGCGCUUGUGAGUGCUACGAUUGCCAUCAUUGCUCUCUCUCCAAAGUGCCUUGACUGGUGGCAGGCUAGUCCUAUUUAUCAGAUCUAUCCUCGUUCCUUCAAGGACAGCAACAUGGAUGGGAAUGGGGAUCUGAAAGGUAUCCAAGAAAAACUGGACCAUAUUACAUAUUUGAAUAUAAAAACCAUCUGGAUCACCUCUUUCUUUAAGUCCCCUUUAAAAGACCUUAAAUAUGGAGCUGAAGACUUUUAUGACAUUGAUCCCAUUUUUGGAUCAAUGGGAGAUUUUGAGAAUCUGGUUGCUGCCAUACAUGACAAAGGGCUAAAGGUGAUAAUGGAUUUAAUACCAAACCACACCAGCGACAAACACCCGUGGUUUCAGCUGAGCCGCAAUCGGACUGGGAAGUACACAGACUACUACAUCUGGCAGGACUGCAUGCAGGCUGCUGGCUCUGUCAUCCCUCCCAACAACUGGGUGAGUGUCUUUGGGAAUUCCAGCUGGCAGUUUGACGAGGUGAGAGAGCAAUGUUAUUUCCAUCAGUUUGGGAAGGAACAGCCAGACUUAAAUUUUCGCAACCCUGCUGUCCAACAAGAAAUCCAGGAUAUUAUAAAAUUUUGGCUUGGCAAAGGAGUUGAUGGAUUGAGUUUCGGCACUGUUAAAUUUCUCUUAGAAGCAACACAUCUCCGAGAUGAGCCUCCAGUGAACAAGUCUCAGAAUGGAGAGAGUAUCACAGCCUAUUCCCAGCUCUACCAUGACUACACCACCACACAAGUUGGUUUGCAUGACAUCGUCCGCAGCUUCCGCCAAACCAUGAACGAGUUCAGCAGAGAGCCUGGCAGAUACAGAUUUAUGGGUUCUGAUGAUAAUGAAAAAGACGACAUUGAAGCAACAAUGAUGUACUAUGGAACGACUUUUAUCCAAGAAGCAGAUUUUCCCUUCAAUUUCAACCUAAUUAACAUGAAAAAUCUAUCAGGCAACAGUAUUUUUGAAGCUGUCGACUCGUGGAUGAGAAACAUGCCUGCAGGAAAAUGGCCAAACUGGGCAGUUGGAAGCCCUAACGCUGCUCGGAUUUCAACUCGGAUUGGGAACGAAUACAUCAAUGUCAUGAACAUGCUGCUUUUAACCCUCCCUGGCACUCCUGUAACUUACUAUGGUGAAGAAAUAGGCAUGGAGAACAUUGCAUCAGAAAAUGCUACCCUCCCAGAGAAAUCCCCCAUGCAGUGGGAUGGAAAUGUUAAUGCUGGUUUUACUGAAGGCAACAGCAGCUGGUUACCUGUUAACUCCAACUACCAAAGUGUAAAUGUGGAAAUCCAGAGCACCUGGUCCAACUCAACGCUGAGUUUGUACCGAGCGCUGACUUUGCUGCGGAACAAUGAGCUGCCCAUGAACCGAGGGUGGAUGUGCCACAUCUGGAAUGACAGUAACGUGUUUGUGUACGUGAGGGAGCUGGAUGGGUUAGACAGAGUCUUCAUGAUGGUGCUCAACUUUGGCCAGGAGUCAACAAUAGACCUGAAGGCCAUAGUUCCUAACCUUCCCUCUGAAGCUGUAAUAAGGCUCAGUACUCAUUUUAGCAAUGCUGGUAAAGUGGUCAGUACCGAACUAAUUAAAACUGAAAUGGGAGAAGGCCUGGUCCUUGAAUAUAAAACAACAAAGCCUGUUCAUACUAUGGAAGCUUUUCAAGGGAAGUGUUUUGUGGCAGAAAAAGCUUGUUAUUCCAAGGCCCUCAAUUUACUCUACAUGAACUGUUAAAUAGAGGAGUAGAAUACCUAUGCUUUCAUGUUAAUUUAGAAGAUAUUAGUUUCAGGGAAAUGCUAAAAAUACUCAGUUUUCUUUGGCUUUUAAAACUUUAUUUGUGUACAAAAUAAACGUCCUGAAAAAUCAGAUA